CAAUAUGCAGGAUUGUGAGUUAUUUGAAACCUAAAACUCACGUCCCUGCUGAUGUAAAUAGAAACGUACAUGUGUGGUAAAUUGCCUCCUGUCUUCUCGAUGUCCUAAACCACAAUCCAAGAUAGAAAUGGAGGAAUAAUGGUGUCAAUGUGUGUGUUAAAGCUUACAAUGAAGUGUACUAAUGAAAUACAAUGUUCUAUCUGUUUUCUCUUUCAGGACUGACGUCAAACACCUGAGAUCCAAAAGACGGCCUUCAUCAUCUGUCCACCUCUUUUCUAUCACUCAUUCCUACCAGUCGUUCUCGCUCUCUCUUUCUUCUCUCUUUCACCCCCACCUCCCCCCCAAUCCCCGACCCUCGGCCUCCCUCAUGCCUAAGAACAGCAAGGUGACGCAGCGCGCCCAGAGCCAUGAGCACGUCACAGAGUCUGUGGCUGACCUGCUCGCACACGAGGAGCCGCUGGACCACAAGAGCAGCUCGCUGAACGUGGGAGAAGCUGCUGGGAAGAAAGUCCCGCAGAUAGAGUUGCCUGAAAAUGAUGGACGCCCGGCCUGGAACAACAAAAUGGAGUACAUCCUGGCCCAGGUGGGCUUCUCUGUGGGACUUGGCAACGUGUGGCGCUUCCCUUACCUGUGCCAGAAGAAUGGAGGAGGUGCAUAUCUGGUUCCAUACUUUAUCCUCCUCCUCAUCAUUGGAAUCCCACUCUUCUUCUUGGAGCUCGCCGUGGGUCAGAAGAUCCGACGUGGGAGCAUCGGCGUGUGGAACUACGUGUGUCCUCGUCUGGGUGGAAUAGGGAUGUCAAGUCUGAUGGUGUGUGGCUUUGUGGGCCUCUACUAUAACGUGAUCAUUGGCUGGAGCAUCUUCUACUUCUUCCAGUCCUUUCAGUAUCCUCUGCCAUGGAGCGAAUGUCCAUUCAGAAAGAAUGGGACAAUUGCAAUCGUGGAGCCAGAGUGUGACAAAAGCUCGGCGACGACCUACUUCUGGUACCGUCAGACUCUGAACACGACCAGCACCAUUGCAGAGAGCGGAGGCCUCAACGUCAAAAUGACUCUGUCUCUGUUUGUGGGCUGGAUCAUCGUCUGCCUUGCCGUCAUUAAAGGAAUCGCCUCCUCUGGGAAGGUGAUGUACUUCAGCUCUCUUUUCCCUUAUGUGGUCCUCUUCUGUUUCCUGGUCAGAGGCUUAAUGCUGAAGGGAUCUGUGGACGGUAUUGCUCACAUGUUCACUCCCAAGCUGGAGAAGAUGCUGGAGCCUCAGGUGUGGAGGGAAGCAGCCACCCAGGUCUUUUUCGCCCUGGGUCUGGGCUUCGGAGGAGUCAUAGCUUUCUCCAGUUACAACAAGAUUGACAACAACUGUCACUUUGACGCUGUUCUCGUCUCGUUCAUCAACUUCUUCACCUCCAUUCUGGCCACUCUGGUGGUGUUCGCCGUCCUGGGCUUCAAAGCUAACCUCAUGAACGAGAAGUGUGUCGCCGAGAAUGCUGAGAAGAUCCUGGGAUACCUGAACUCAGACGUUCUGAGUCAUGAUCUCAUCCCGCCACAUGUGAACUUCACCCAUCUCACCACAUCAGACUACGCUGAGUUGUACGGCAUCAUCAAGGCGGUCAAAGAGGGCGGCUUCGCCCAGCUGGGUCUGGAGCCUUGUGUCCUUGAGGAUGAACUCAACAAGGCCGUCCAGGGCACCGGUCUGGCCUUCAUUGCCUUCACGGAAGCAAUGACCCAUUUCCCAGCAUCUCCUUUCUGGUCGGUCAUGUUCUUCUUCAUGCUCAUUAACCUCGGUCUGGGCAGCAUGAUUGGCACCAUGACCGGCAUCACUACACCCAUCCUUGAUGCCUACAAGGUCCAGCGGGAGCUUUUAACAGUGGGUUGCUGCAUCGUGGCCUUCCUGUGUGGUCUGCUGUUUGUUCAGCGCUCGGGGAAUUACUUUGUGACCAUGUUUGACGAUUAUUCUGCUGGUCUGCCUCUCACCAUCGUGGUCAUCCUGGAAAACCUGUCCGUCGCUUGGAUCUACGGCACUAAAAGGUUCAUGCAGGACCUGGAGGACAUGCUGGGUUUCAGGCCGUGCAUGAUCUAUUUCUACCUGUGGAAGUACGUCUCCCCGUUCUGUCUCAUCGUUCUCAUCUCCGCCACUGUUAUUGAGAUGACGAUCAGUCCACCAGGAUACAACGCCUGGGUCCAAGAGCUGGCUCGGGAACAGUUCCAGAGCUACCCUCCGUGGGCCCUCGCCAUGUGCUUUGCUCUCAUCGUCGUGGCCAUGCUCCCUCUCCCCAUCGUCUUCAUCGCUCGUCACUUCAACCUGAUGUCUGACGGCUCCAACAAGCUCUCCGUCUCCUACCGUAAAACCAUGAUGAAGGACAUCUCCAACCUGGAGGAGCAGGACGAGUCCAGGUUCAUCCUCAGCGCCAAGGCCGGUGGGCCGCCGUCCUCGGUCCCGGCACACAAGUCCUACCUCACUCCAGGGAAGAACAAACCGCUGGACCCAAACUCCCUGUCUCCACACAGCUGCUACGGCACGAGCUACCAAAACGCUGCCAUCAGCCCCACCACGCCAACGACACCAACCACGCCUGUAACACCAGAGUGUGACUCUUGACUGCUAUUCAAACUCCCUGUAGCACAGUUUAACUUUCAGCCAUAAAGUCUCCACCAAGGAUGCGCUGCAAACGCAGAGAGUCUCCAACACUGCCCUGCUAACACAAAACUCUAUGUAGUCGUCCAGUUAAUCUAAGCACACGCUUCCCAUAAUGACACCAGAAAAUACCCCCAUGGUUCCCGGCACCUGCGAGUGUUAAAGCAGGAAAAACCUUUUUUAUUUUUAUUUUUUUUUAAAUAAUCACAUUGUUUAAGUUCUUUGCCUUACAGUAUAAGAACCCGGAGCAGACGUAGCCCUAAAGGUACGAAUGUAGGUGACACUGAAUGAAUGUGAGUUUAAUCCUUUUCCAUCACCAUGUUUAAACAGACAGUAUAUGCAGAGGCUAUAAGAAUGUUCAACAUAGAGUGUCUUAUAUCCUUUCUUUUCAGCACAGCCUAUAAAGGCACUCCUAUGUGUUUCUAUAUAAACACACAGGAGCAAAAAAAAGUACUCAAAAUGAUGAAAAUCAGAUUAAAUUUGUGAAAUACGUCACAGUUCAAAGUUCACUUUUAUGAACAAAAAGAAAAGAAAAACACGUCUAUUUUGUGACUUCUGCACAAUUAUUGCUUCUUUAUAUCGCGACUAAAAAUGCAGUAUGAAAUGAAUCAUAACUUCAACACACACACACACACAGGAGUUGUGUAUUAUUCCCACGGGUGCACCUGCGGCACAGAUCCGUGCCGCGUGAGCACUAAGGGUUAAUUAUUUCCAGGUUUAAAGCCAUACACAGUCAUUUAUUUCCUAUUCCACAGUAUGCAGUCAUUUCAGUACGGGUCUGAACCGAGCGUUGACCUUUCACCUCUGUUCUGCUGCUCUGAAACUCUCAUCAUGUUGACAGUGUGUGCUCUAAUUCAUGUUCUAUACGUUUUGUUUUGGGUUCAUCUUCAUCAUCAGUAUAUCACUAUAGCAAUAUAACAUAGUAGAAUAUUGAUUUGUAUUGUCUUAAGGAACUAAAAAAAUCUCACACAUUAUUAAUAUAAUAUUAUUUAAUUCAGGUUUUCCCACCAAAGAGUGACAGGUAAAUAACGUAAAAACUUGAAGUCUUUAUGUAUUUAUAUGUGAGGAAAAGUGAAGAGAGCUCAUUUGAACAUAAACAGACCGGAAGCACAACUUACUUGUUUCUUAAACGCCUUUGAUGUGGUUCAGAUUCUCUUCCUGCGAAAGUGAAAAAGAGAUUUUACACAACGACUGUGCACUGCCCCGAGCUGAUUACUAACAAUCAUCAACGCACAAAUAAAAAACUUAAAUAACAACGUUCCACAUACUGAAUAAGUAAUAGAGCACAAAUUGAGAUUCACUGACGAUGAGUGAAUGUGAAGCAAACUUCACUAUCAAGUGAACUUGACAGUAUGAACUUAUUCAGUAUAACGGAGACUCGUCACAUGCUCAUGUGCAGCUUAUGCUCAACACAAAUGUGCUUUUUUGCUUAUUUUAACCAUAAAAGUUCCAGAAAGACCAUU